AUGACUUCCUCCAUCGAGACAGUUGCCUUCCUCGGCGCCAGCACAGGAGUUGGACUCUCGGCACUCAAGCACACCCUCGCCACGGGCCGCAGAUGCAUCGCCCUCUGCCGCAACCCAGCCAAGCUUGCCGCCAUUCUCCCUACCGAGUCCAACCCCAACCUCGCCAUCGUGCAAGGCAACGCCAAAAGCGUAGAAGACGUCUCGAAAUGUCUGAAGGCUAGCCACGGCAAGCUCGUCGAUACGGUUGUCUCUAGCAUCGGCGCCGCGCCAGUGAUGAACAAACUGUCCAUCAGCAUUGACGACCCCGUCGUCUGCAGAAAAGGCAUGGCCACCCUCCUCGAAGCAAUCGAGAACCUUCGCCGGGAUGGCGCUACUGGCAAGCCGUAUAUCGUCGCCUGCAGCACUACCGGCAUGUCGCGCUUCGGUCGCGAUAUCCCAGCUCUGAUGGUGCCGCUGUACCACGUCAUGCUCAAGGUCCCACACGAGGACAAGGCCGCCAUGGAAGACCGCCUGAUCGCGAGCCAGGAAGACUUCACCAUCGUGCGCAUGAGCUUCCUGCUCAACGGCGAGACGAAGAAGCAGGUCCGUGUGGGCAUUGAGGAUCCCAAGGCCGGGCGCGAGUCUGAAGCUGUGGGCUACUUCAUUACCAGAGAGGACGCUGGGAAGUGGAUUGCCGAAGACCUGGUGCGGAACCGGGUUGCGAGGUACAACAAGAAGAUUGUAAUGGUCACGCAUUGA